AUGGGUCACUCCAAAAAGAUGGGCCCUACUGCCUUUGGUGGCCGCCCGACCUGGCAUGAGAGCCGAACCUUCUACACCUGCACCGACAUCACCUUCGUCGAUGCUUCGCAGUUCAACCCGGCCAGUGUGCCCUGCUUCAAUGCCACAGACUCCGAGAACGACGUCCCUCCGCCAACAACUACCGGGACUCCGACAAACCUACCCGAUCACGGCGAGGACUGA